GCAUCAUUUGUGCACAGACUCAAGAGGGAGAAGAGGGAGAGAACGUAGGAGAAAAGGAGAGAAGAUGAAGACGAUUCUCUCUUCGGAAACCAUGGACAUCCCCGAUGGCGUGAACAUUAAGGUUCACGCCAAGGUCAUUGAGGUGGAAGGACCGCGAGGAAAGCUCAUUCGCGAUUUCAAGCACCUGAACCUCGAUUUUCAACUCAUCAAGGACGAGGAGACGGGGAAACGCAAGCUGAAGAUCGAUGCCUGGUUCGGCUCUCGCAAGACCAGCGCCGCCAUUCGUACUGCCCUCUCCCAUGUGCAGAAUCUCAUCACCGGCGUCACCAAGGGUUUCCGCUACAAGAUGCGUUUCGUCUACGCUCAUUUCCCCAUCAACGCUUCCAUCACCAACAACAGCUCUGCGAUCGAGAUCCGCAACUUCCUUGGAGAGAAGAGGGUCAGAAAGGUGGACAUGUUGAAUGGCGUGACCAUUGUCCGUUCUGAGAAGGUUAAGGACGAGAUUGUUCUGGAUGGAAAUGACAUCGAGCUUGUCUCAAGGUCUUGCGCCCUCAUCAACCAGAAAUGUCACGUAAAGAACAAGGACAUCCGGAAGUUCCUUGAUGGUAUCUACGUAAGUGAGAAGGGCAGGAUCGUGGAAGAGGAAUGAUUUUGUGGCCAUCAACCUGAAAAUGAUAUUUUCAUGAUAGUCUCAUCUCUCUCUCGUUUUGAUGUUAGUUUAUUGUCUUUGGACAGAACGUGUUGCGUUCUUUUUGUUCUCCGUUGUGAUUCUGUUGAGAAUUUAUUGCUUCGGUUCCGGAAAAGUUUUGGAGACAUACAUA